CACUAAACUUUGAACACCAUAGUUUUUAGAAACCGUAUCUUUUUUCAUAGUAAUGUUAUUGAAAUUACCCGUAUUUUGUAACACUAGUAGCACAACUAUCAGGGGGCUCUCAAAAUGAAGUGGUGUUUAAGAUUGAUUGUGUUAAUUCUUUUUAUUCGAUUUAUAGAAUCCUCAUUUAGAUGCGACUACACGUUCAGUACAGUCGCAAUGGCCUGGUUUAAACAUUUUGUGAUCCCCGCCACUUGGUUCGAUGCCCGUUUGAGGUGCAAUCUUGAAGGUGCAACUCUAGCUUCACCGACGACACCAGAAAUCGAUGCUGAAAUGACUCACAUUUUAAAGAAUUUCUUCUCUGCCGAAAGUGAAAUUUUUACUGGUAUUCAUGCGACCUUUUCUCAAGGAGACUACUAUACUAUUGAAGGUAUCCCGUUAGCCGAAAUCUCUGCAACUUGGGCUGAGGAUGAGCCCAACAAUUUGGGCAACAAUGAAAGUUGUAUAACAUUGAAUCACCAUGGAGAUUUAGCUGAUCGUUCUUGUGAAGAAACACGCCCAUACAUUUGUUAUAGAAAAUAUGAACUUGAAAAGGAAGCCAACGAAUGUGGAACUGUUGAUUCAGAAUAUCGUUUAGACACCAGAACGAACAAAUGCUACAAAUUCCACACACAACCUCGUACGUUUUGGAGAGCUAACUUCGUAUGCUCUGCUGAAGGCGGCCAUCUUGCAAUAAUCAAUAGCGAAACUGAAGCGAAGGUUCUAAAAGAACUGUUCGCUAAAUAUCCUGCAGUUAAGAUGACUGGAAUCUUCUGGAAAGAUGUUGCUUUCAUUGGCUUUGCAAAUUGGGGCGAACAAGGAGAACUGAGGACCAUCCAUGGUCAAACGCUUUGGGAAGCGGGUUACUCCAAAUUUUCUCCUGGAGAACCGAACAAUGCCACAACUGGGGAAUACUGUGGCGCGAUAUAUCGUACUAGUUUAUUGAUCGAUUUGUGGUGUAACAAUGUAUACGCUUUUAUUUGUGAAAAAGAUCCGAAAUACCCCGCAGUAUGCACUGCACAUUUAAAUGAUGCGAACGUUGAGACAAAGAGUUAAGCACUAGUAUCAUGAUAUUAAUAAUAAUUUUCGUAAGUCGUAUUCAUAAUAACUUAUAUGAUAAUGGUUUACUCACGCGUAUUUAUCGGGAUCGCUCGAUUAGUUUCGGACCGAAGCCCUGAAUCAUGGGAUGACGCGACUGCGGAAUGGGAAGUCAGAAAUCGACUCAAUGAAAUCUGGCUUGGUCCAAAACUAGUCGGGCGAUCCCGAUAAAUACGGGUGAGUAUAGGUAGAGUAGCAGUUAAAUAAAUAAGUGUACUGAUUGCUUUACAUUACAAGAAAAAGAAACAAGAUAUACAUUUUUGAUCUAACUAUCAUGAGACAUUCAAUUUGAACUAUAACGUGCACUGUCAACAGAACAUAAUUCAGGAAUCAAUUGAAAAAAAGAGACAAUUCUGUGUGUGCUCUCUCAUUUUCUCAGUGACAAAUAAAAAGUUCGUUACAGAUUUACUUAGGGCUAAUUUGAUUGAUAUUGAAAUCUUACAUUUUAUACCAUUUCACUUAUAACGAUGACAUUUUAAUAUAAAGUCAAGGUCUACUGACUGCUAUACUUCGUGAAGAUAGCAAUAAUGAUGUUAAAGAGAAAUUUUGUCAUUAUUUGUCUUCACCUGUCAACGUACGCCUAUACUUUCAAAAUCCUUAAUUUGACUUGUUAUAAAACGACUUUUAGUGAUGUACACUGAUUUUAAUCGAUAGUUUUUAGUUUUGUUCAAUAUUUGUCCUCAGUAAUGUUUUUAGUAUUACCUUGUUUAUUAAGAGGAGC